AAAGGUUAAACAAAAAAAGAGAAGUAUAAAAUAUGAGGCCGUUAUAGUUCCCGGAAACCUCUUCUCCCUCCUCUGCUUGAUCGGUUCCUCUUCACUCCACGUCAGUAACAUUGAAGUUCAUGGCGGCGACUGCGGCUGCGGCGUCGAUCUCACUUGUCGGAGCGCUUCCAAAAUCCCGCUCACGAACGCCUUCUUCUUCUUCUUCUUCGAAUCCAGCGCGUAGACAAAGACACAUUUCUCUACCCAGAUUCUCUGUUGGAUUUUCCGGUGGAGAGCCCUGUAUCCCAGUAUCCAGCUCCGUGCCUGAUAAAAGUGAAAGAGUGGAUUAUGGAUCGCUGCCCAUUGAUCGGAGAGAGCUUAUCUUGUCGUCCAUUGGAUUGUUAGCAACAGCUGUUUGCACUUCUGGAAGCAAUGGAGCUGCCUUGGCAUCUGAAUUCGUUGACAUGCCAGCAUUGCGGGGAAAGGACUAUGGGAAGUCAAAGAUGCGUUUUCCUGACUACACUGAAACAAACUCAGGUCUUCAGUAUAAGGAUUUGAGGGUAGGAAGUGGCCCCAGCCCGAAGAUGGGAGAUACAGUAGUGGUUGACUGGGAUGGUUAUACUAUAGGAUAUUAUGGUCGCAUAUUUGAAGCCCGUAACAAGUCAAAAGGUGGAUCCUUUGAGGGGGAUGACAAGGACUUCUACAAAUUCAGAUUAGGAUCUCAAGAGGUUAUUCCUGCAUUUGAAGAAGCCCUUACUGGCAUGGCUGUGGGUGGCAUCAGAAGGAUCAUAGUCCCCCCUGAGUUGGGAUACCCCGAUAAUGACUUCAACAAGAAAGGUCCCAGACCAUUGACAUUCUCGGGCCAGAGAGCUUUAGCUUUUGUGUUGAGGAACCAAGGUCUGAUUGAUAAAACUCUCUUGUUUGACAUUGAGCUUUUAAAAAUUAUACCAAGCUGAAGCCCAACUACUUCACUUUGUGAUGCUGUAAAUAGUUGCUUCUCUCGGGCACGGUUUAUUGUCUACUUGAAAGAGCAGAGGAUUGAUGAUAUAAAGAUUUCAUUUUCCCAUUUCAUUGUUAGAAAUUCUAAGAUGUCUCACUCUCUGAAAAAACCAUUGUGUUGUGCUCACAAGAAUAGAUGUACAACUGCCUUAUACUUUCCAUUGAGUAAGAGUGAAUGCUUGCAGAUUUAUUCU